CAGCAGUCGUGUACCAGAUUUAAUUAAAGACGGAUAAAUAGUGAUUAGUGCGUCUGUACAUCAAUUGAGGCAUGAUUGCGGCUAUUAAAAUUACGGUACUCUUAUUCAUUUUGUCAGCUCAUGGAAAGGAUGACGACGACAAAAGACAGAAUUUUAAUAUCUGCCAAGAAUUCGGUGUCAUUACAAAUGUGACACAUAUCGACGAGACCGCUCCCAGCACAUACUUUAGUUUGAAAAUUAAUAACAACAUUUCGAUUAAUUCAAAAGCAUUGAGUAAGUUGAAUAUAACCCGCAUAGACAUCAAUCUCCGCACCGAUGGCUUAUAUGAUAGAUCGCCCAACUGUUCUCUAUCGCUGCAACCAGAUUCCUUUGAUGAUUUAUCCAGCUUAAUCAGUCUAUCAAUUAAAAACGCUAAUCUGAACUUCACUGGAAAUCCAUUAGCUCCCCUCAAAUCACUGACAAUGCUCAAGUUGAAAAGUUGUGGAAUCAAUGAUGUGCCAACGGAAAUAUUGUCGUCGUUGUCGAAUCUGCUAGAACUGUCAUUGGCAGAUAAUUAUAUACAAGUCAUUCAUUCCAAUGCAUUUCUAUCCAUGAAGAAUUUGCAGAACCUUGAUUUGAAUAGGAAUAAUAUCGGUAGUCUCGAGCCUGGCUGUUUCAAUGGACUGAGUGAACUGGAAAUAUUAAAUCUCAGUAUUAAUUCAAUCAAGGCCGUUCCCGGUAUAUUUCAGGGAUUAAAUCAUUUGAAAAAAUUAAUUUUGGUGAGCUCUUUCGGUGUCAAUGAGUUUCAGCCAAUAAUACUUCAAGAUGUGCCAGCUUUGAUCGAACUUCAAUUAGAUUGGAACAAGUUAAUGUCUUUAUCGAGCACAAUGUUUGAUAAUGUUCCCCGAUUGCACACACUCUCAUUGACCGCCAACUCUUUACGCACAAUUCCUCACGCUCUAUUUGAAAAGUUAAAAUCUUUGAGGGAACUUUAUUUGCAACAGAAUAUGAUUGAAACUAUUGAACCUAGAGCAUUCAAUGGAUUGAAUCUCACAACUUUGGACCUUUCGCUCAACGAUAUCCAACAAAUCUCUGCAGAGUCCUUCAAUGGGCUUACAAUCAAUACCUUGAUUCUCCACAAGAAUCAAAUUGAAGAGCUGCAAUCACAAGCUUUUAAUGGUUUAACUGCUAAUGAAAUGGAUCUCAGCCAGAAUUCUCUUCAAAAAAUUGGUGUUGAAGAUUUCCGCGGUGUGAAAUGUCGGCAGUUGGAUUUGACUAUGAAUCGGAUUGAAGAAAUCGCUUCGGGCGCAUUCGAUAAUAUCCAAGUUGAAAAACUUAUUCUCAAGAUGAAUCCGAUUAUUACUGAAGACAGAGCUACUUGGGGGAUUCCCACUUCAGUACAAAUUGAAGUUUAAAUGAAUAAACUUUUUUGGAAAUAUCUCAUUACAAAUUUCAUGCGAAAAAUUCGUUUCAGAAGCUUUGCAUUUUUUUUAUUAAAAAUAUAUAAAGUAGAGUUGAUAUGUUGAAUGGAAAAAUGCCGCUGAGGGUUGGCCAACCCUCGCGCAAACCACCCCUCAAUCUCUGAUUCGCAGGGUUGCUAUGGAUACGAUUCAGAUAUGGCUGGCACAGCGUUAUAAGGGCGUGGUGCACCAUCUUCGCCUGGGUGCAACAAUUAUACUCAACAAAAAAUAGUACAAUUAUGAAUUUUUAUUUGAUAAUUCGCCCAUGGCACCUCAUCAACACAUAUUCAAAUGUGGUUUCAUGGAAAGUCACUUGUAAUGAAUAAAUAAUUGAUUCACACUGAGA